AUGGAGAAGACAAUGUUCAUUCAUGCUGACAAUUGUGUAGGUCAGAACAAGAACAACAUCUUAUUACGAUAUCUUGCUCGGAGAAUCAGUAAUAACAAAAAUAAGAGAACUGUUUUGUCAUUCAUGCCAGUAGGUCACACACAAUUUGCAUGUGACUGGGCAUCUGGACUUUUAAAGAAAAGAUUUAGGGUCACCUAUAUCUCUUCCAUUCAAGAGUUCGCCGACUGCAUUGAGAAAUCUACAUCUACAACACAUGUUAACUCAACUGUUGCUGUUGGAAAUGAAAUAGGUCAAGUUGCUGUGAAUACAUAUGACUGGCUAAAUUUCUUGAAGGAUAGUAAUGCUAACAAAGUACCUCACAUAACUAAAUACAACCACUUUGAGUUCAACAUUAGCUCCAAAGGUAGAGUACAUUGCAAAUUGGACAUUGAUGGAAAUGAAUUUGUGUAUUGCAUCUUCCCCAAUGACAAUGAACCCACUGGGUUUCCUGCUGCAGUAAUUCCUCCAUGCAUGACAAGACAACGAAAACAGUAUCCUUUUAAAAACAUCAGGACCUAUUGCAAAGAGAACUACAAAGACAUUACGUGUCUUGAAGUAGGCUCAGAAUGUGAACCAGAAACUCAAGUCAGCGACAGUAAAGAUCCUGAUGAAGAACCUGAACAAACAAAUAUUCCAGUUAGAGAGAACAAUGCUUUAAGGAUGGCACAGAUAGAAUUACUCGAAGUGAAACGAAAGUUUGAUGCUUUGAGAGUUGUGGAGACAGAGAAAAAAAUGAUGGUUGCCUUGUUGCAGAGAAAGGAUGAAGACUUAAAAACUCUGAAAAGCUUGCUUGAAAAUGAAAGGAAAGAAAAAAUGAUUAUAAUUAAUGAAAAGGAACAUUUUGAAAAAGAAAAAGCAGAAGAAGUAGAAAGAAUUAAUAAAGAAAAUCUUAGAUUAAAAGCUGAGCUUGACAAAUUAAAUGAGAGAAUAAAAUCUAAUCAGUCUGGAGCAGCAGUAGAGAAUCUACAGGCCUGUGUUGAGUUAAAAAGGCUGAUGCUGAGCAAAGAUAGAGAUGGAUAUCAGAAACUCCUGGAAGAGCACAACCUAUUGAAAAAACAAAAUGAAAGCUUGAAGAAUGAAAUGGGUCACCUGCAAUGGCAUGGGCAUUCUAAAAGUACUCAUCAGUGUUCUUUUUAUAGUCCAAUCACUGUUAGUGCACAAGAUAAAACUAUAAGUGGUGUAUCUGACCAUGGGGAAGAUGAUGGAGGUGGUGAUACAAUACUCACUGUGGUUUCCUUCCUCUUUUCUACCAGUGACUGCAGUGGAACUGCUACAGUUGUUGUUGACACCACUUCUGCUUCUGUUGCUUGUGCUGCUGCUGUUAUUGGUCUUGUUGCUCAAGCUGAUUCAGAUGUUACUGAAUUUGAUCGUGAUGCUUUGCAGCAACUGGAAGUGGAAAAUCGAAGAUUACAUGCAAAUAUGACUAAACUUCAGCUAUCAUUCAAUGAUUGCUGUUCUAAUCAAACAUUAGAUGAUGGUCCAGGACGAGAAGAAUUGCUAAAGCAGUACAUUCAGCUGCAACUUGAAGUUGACAGAUGGCGAGAGGAAUGCAUUCAGUUACACAGUAUUCUAGCAAAGCAAACUGAAGGUUUGAAGAAUGUUGCUAGUAUCAACUAUGGAAGUCAUGUACACUUAAUAAAUGAGGUUGUGCAGCUAGUACUGGCAUUUGAAGCACAGAAGAAGAUAAACAGGCAGCUGGAAGAUGAAUUGCACCAAGAGAAAAAUAAGUGGCAAGCAGAAAGAGAACAACUCCAACAAGAAAAUGAGAAACUCAGAGAGGAGAAUGAUAAUCAGCACAAGCUUUUGUCUCCAAGCUUAACUAAAAGCCCACAAACUCAAACUGAGGCUUUUAUGCAACAUGAAAUUAUAAGAGUGACUUUAGAAAAGCUGGUUCUUCAAGAAAAACUAGAUUUAGCUAAAGAGGAACUUUCACAAUGCAAGAACAGCUUAAAAUUGCAAACUGAAGUGCUGAAGAAUGCAGGGUUGUUUUCCAGCAAAUUAGAUAACAAUGCUGAAACAGCUGAAAACUCAAUAGAUGAAGUGCUAGUGAAGAGGCAAGAUCAAAGGAAUGACAGAAGAGGUAUAAGAAAGAAGGAAAGACAUUACCAAGGAAUUUUUGAGUUUCACAAAGAGGAUAUUAGACAUAUUGUUAGGCAUGUGAUAUUUGAAUUAAAGCCACAUAUUUCUGUAACAUUACUGCCAGGAUUGUCUGCAUACAUUUUGUUCAUGUGCAUUAGGCAUGCCGACUGUCAAAAUGAUUAUGAGAAAGUACAAUUACUCCUGACAGCAACUAUCUACACCAUCGAAAAAGUUACUAAGAAAGGCCAUGAUGAUAUUGAUAUAAUGGUUUUGUGGCUUUCAAAUACUGUGAGACUUCUGCAUAAUCUGAAACAGUAUAGUGGAGACAAAACAUUCCAAACUGAAAACACAUCACUACAGAAUGAACAGUGUCUACAGAAUUUUGAUCUCACUGAAUACAGAGAAGUUCUUUCAGAUACAGCUGUAGAAAUCUACCAGAGUCUUGCUGGGCACAUACAAGAAAAGAUACAGCCACUGGUGGUGCCAGCUAUUCUUGAACAUGAAGAAAUAAGUGGCUUGACAAGUCAGAUAGCUAGUGGAAAGAGAGGAAGAGCUGUGUUGUCAUCAUGGGAUUCUGAGCCAUUUUUGGGUGUACAGAAGUCAUUGGAUGCACUCUUGCAGGAACUAAAUUAUAUCUAUAAAAUUAUGGGGAACCAUGGUGUUGACCCAGAACUUACUGUCCAGAUAUUUCGGCAGGUAUUCUACUUCAUCUGUGCCAUUUCAAUGAAUAACCUACUGCUCCGAAAGGAUUUGUGUCAUUGGAGUAAAGGAAUGCAGAUAAGAUAUAAUCUAUCACAUCCUGAACAGUGGUGUCGUGACAUUAGACUACAGUAUACUGAUGUGCCAAUUGCAUUACAGCCCAUAAUUCAGGCUGCCCACUUGCUACAGGCACGUAAGCUGGAUAAAGAUGUUCAGCAUGUAUGCAAUAUGUGUGAUAAACUUUCAAUGUUGCAGGCCACAUUGCUGAUGGACACAAAAUUCAUGUUCCCAGUAAGAUUUCCUUUCAAUCCAUCAAAAAUCAAGCUUGAAGAUAUAGAAGUACCAGAGGUGUUGAACCUACCAAUGCUAAAGAAAGUUUAA